AUGCCUAUCUUCAAGUCCCUCCACCCAGAUGUUACCAUUCCCACUGACCUCACCACCUGGGACUGGCUCUUCGACUCCUCCUAUUCGCCUCUCUCGCAUUCUUCAGGCCCCGGCCUCGCAGGCUACCAAGAUGCGUUCACCGGCCAGCGUAUCAAUUGGGCGCAAGUCAAAACGGCGACGACGUACGUGAGCACCGCGUUGGUGAAGAAGUACAGCCUUAAGCCCGGCCAGACAGUGUCUUUGUUCAGCCGCAACACGAUACAGUAUCCCAUAGCCAUGCAUGGAGCUCUGCGAGCUGGUGCAAUGGUCUCAGGGGCCUCUCCGGCUUACAAUGUCGAGGAAAUGGCGUACGCGCUCAAGAUCGCGAAAGCAAAGUUCUUGAUGACUUCGCCUGGUUCAAUGGAGGUUGCUACAUUGGCAGCUGAGAAAGCUGGCUUGCCUAAAGACCAUUUGUUCCUGUUAGAGGGGAAGAUGGAAGGCUAUACCACCGUCGAGGAGCUUGUUGAGAUCGGAAAGAGCUAUGGCGAGCAGGGUCAAAUUGCAUCCUUCAAGAUCCCUAAAGGACUGACGAAUAAAGACCUGUGUGGAUUUCUGAGUUUCAGUUCAGGAACUACCGGUCUUCCGAAAGCUGUGAUGAUAUCUCACCACAACGUAAUCGCGCAGGCUCAUCAAGUCCAGCCACUCACAUCACCAGACAAGAAGAAAGUCCUGGCCGUCCUGCCCUUCUUCCACAUCACCGGCCUCAUCCACAUCCUACACGUCCCGGUCCUUUUCAACGCCGAAGUCUACAUGGUACCUUCCUUCACUAUGGCCAGCAUGCUACAAGCAGUCCAAGACCACCAAAUCGAUGAUAUGCUCGUCGUCCCGCCAAUAAUCAUCCGUUUGGUGCGCGAUCCGAUCGUCAACAACUACGACCUUAGCUGCGUGAAGCGGUUCAGUUCUGGCGCAGCCCCUAUGAGCCCUGAGAUCAUCCAGCUGCUGGAAAAGAAAUUCCCUGGUACGAGCUUGACGCAGGGGUAUGGGAUGACGGAAAGCUCGAGCUGCAUCACGGCGCAUCCAUCUGAGGAGGAAGGGUACCAGCAUGCCCAUAAAGUCGGGACUAUCGUGCCAGGGACGGAAGUAAAGAUCAUCAAGGAAGAUGGAACGGAGGGUGAUGUUGGUGAGCCGGGAGAGAUCUUGGCGCGCGGUCCUCAGGUGGUGAUGGGGUAUCUGGACAACGAGAAGGCGACUCGCGAGACUUUCGAUAAAGACGGCUGGCUGCAUACCGGCGACCAGGGCGUCAUUGACAAAGACGGCUACAUUACGAUCCUUGACCGAAUCAAGGAGAUGAUCAAAGUCAAGGGCAUCGGUGUAGCGCCAACAGAGCUGGAGGACCUACUUCUCGGGCAUGAGAAGGUGGAAGACUGCGCAGUGAUGGGGCUGUUAGAUGAUUAUGCGGGGGAGUUGCCGAAAGCAUUCGUGGUACUUAAACCAGGCUUGACAGCGGGCGAGAGCAUUGGACGAGAACUGUUGGCGUAUGUGAAAGAGAAGAAAGUGAGAUAUAAGCAUGUCAAGGAGAUUGAGUUCGUGUCGGAAAUACCCAAGAGCGCAAGUGGCAAGAUUCUCAGAAGAGUGUUGAGGAACAGGAAGAGUGGUACUGAAGACAGUAUUGUUGUUAGAGAUACGCCUAAGGAGAGGGCUAUGUUGUAAGCGUACAGUGUCGAGAAGACUAGAGGUUGAAUCGUUAGACCUGUCAUUGGCAUUCUGCAGCGACAUUGGGUAGUCCGGCAUAUGUUUCACGGAACAACUCUUUCUUAGGAC